CAAAAGAGAUUAUUUCAUUCCACUACAAUCCGUAAAAGUGCUUGGCCUUUAGGUCGUGAUGCUUCACCUAGUUCAACAACAAAAGAAAGGGCAGCAGCAGAAGCAGAGAAAGCGUAUAGCUCCAACAAUGUUGACAAAAACUCUUUACCACCCGGAGAACGUGCAAUCACAGUUCGAGAUUUACAAGAAUUAAAAGAACGAAGAGAAUCAAUCGCCAUGCUAACCGCUUACGAUUAUCCUUCCGCUCUGGGCAUCCGCAGUGGUGCGGUGGAUAUCUGUUUAGUAGGAGAUUCAUUGACAAAUGUUGCUUUAGGUCAUCGGACCACACAUCCGCUUUCAUUAGAAGCAAUGAUUCAUCAUGUUCAAGCAGUCGUUCGAGGCUUGCGUCAUCCAAUGCUCAAUCAACAUGGGGUUUCACCUGUUCCACUUUUGAUAGCAGACGUCCCAAUGGGUUAUGCAGAAAUUUCGCUUGAAGAAGGAUCAAGAGCAGCUGUGAACUUGAUCAAACAAGGUGGCGCAGAUGGCGUAAAGAUGGAAGGUGGAAUGGAAUUAGUUCCUUUAGUAGAGAGGUUGGCUUCUUUUGGUAUUCCAGUGAUGGCACACAUAGGUUUGCAACCUCAACGUUCAUCCAGCGGAAGUGCAUUGAACUUAGCCGGCAGAACUGCAGAUGAAGCUUUUGAGCUCUUGCAAACAGCAAUCAUGAUGCAGGAAGCAGGUGCUUUUGCCUGCCUAUUAGAAUGCAUUCCCGCUCGUGUUGGUGAAGAGAUAACAAAACGACUUGACAUUCCUACGAUCGGUAUUGGAGCGGGUCCAAAAACUGAUGGUCAAGUUCUUGUUAUGGACGAUGUCUUGGGCGAAUGCAAUUCGCCUCUUUACGUUUUAGCUGGUUUGGAAGGGGCCAACGAUGGUGCAGCUCCAAAUGUUGCCCCUCCUAAAUCGGCACUCAACACGCCAGGCUUGCCAAGAUUUGUUCGUAACUUCGUUUCUCCUUUGACUGGAGGCAGUUCUGUUGGUUCUAUUCGAAUGGCAGCCGUUCGAUCUUACGUUGAUGCUGUCAAGGAGGGAAGUUUUCCUGCUGAAGCUGAAUCGUACAAGAUGAAAAAGGAGGAGUGGGCAAAAUUCAAAGAAUUA